GAGGGACCUCACGCAAGGACACAGUAAGUCUAAAUCUUUACUGAACAUGUAUAGCUAGACUGACUCCCAAAGUCCUCUGAAAUUAUUCGAUGUUGCCAAGUCCCAAAACAGAUAUUUAUAUGCUUGCGCACCUAUGGUGCGAUAUAGCAAGGUAGGGGAUUGCCCAGUUUCGCGAUAUAUCCGCAUUCUCCCAGGACUUUUCCUGAAAUCUCUUCCACUAUGGGCUGUAUAAGUACUCAGGUCACUAAAACACUCGACAGCUUGCUUUCAGACAAACGGUGCAACACUUUGGUACUGACCUCUGCUGGACGCCUAUGAUUCUAGCCAAGGAAUUCAACCGAAACAAUUUUGCGAGGGACAGCGACUUGACCAUCUCAACGUCUAGGCGUGAGUUACCCACUAUAGCCCAAUUCGGGUCCAACUCACCCCUAGAGCUGUCGCGGGCAUCAUCACUCGCCGCACCAUUUGUCAAUGGCGUCGAUCUUAACUGUGGCUGUCCUCAAUCUUGGGCAUGCGCAGAAACUCUCGGUGCCGCCUUGAUGGAAAAGCGAGAGCUUGUACGCGACAUGGUGAUCGCCACAAGACAGCGUCUGAGGGAGGACGGAUGGGGCGUUGGCAAAGAAGAAGAUAUAGAGCACGUGGAAGGAAAAGGGAGGAGUGUGAGCGUCAAAAUCCGCGUACACCAUGACCUGAGAAAAACCGUCGACUUCAUCAAUACAGUAAUAGGUGACGAGCAGAACCGGAACAUAGACUGGAUAACGAUCCACCCACGCACUCGCUACACGCAGUCCACUGUGCCGAUCAACCUAGAAGCAUUGGAGCUGUUGACGAACAUGUUCGGCGACAAACUCCCCGUCUGCGUGUCUGGAGAUGUAUUUACGCUCUCAACGUUACCCUAUACAUCACAUCUGCUACAACCACAACCUACCUUCACCUCUAACGCGAAUGGGCCGGAGAAGAAUGGAGUGUCUGCACCUAGUAUAACACACCCACAUCUCCCAAAGCUAGCCGGUCUAAUGUCUGCCCGUGCUCUACUCGCGAACCCGGCUUUAUUCGCAGGCUACGAGACAUGUCCGUGGGAGGCCGUCGAUGUCUUCAUGAACAACGUUGCGCGUGCUCCCUUACCAUUAAAGUUGGGGGUACAUCAUCUGACAGAGAUGUGUGGAGCUGGGUUCGGCCCUGAUCGAAGCGCGCUGCUGAAUAAAAAGGAACGCAUCCGUCUCACGGAGUUCCGCAACUGGAUAGAUGUUAUAGAUUUCCUAGAUGAAGUCAAGCAGACGAGAGGGAUGAAGUCUGUUGUUAGGGUUGCUGAAGAUUAAUAGUGUUAGCUUCAACUUAUAGACGAAUGAUAAGAGAUGAGCAUAUCUCCUGCUAAGUGCAUUUUAGGUGAUGUAUACAAGGAACGGCGCUUGGGCAUGUAGUCUUGGAAAACUUCAUGUAUUGACUGCGGAUGGGCUGUAUUAGAUGCAAAGGAGGCCGUUGAAAGUGUAGAUUAUGAUUACAAAAGAAUUUCGGCUCUGGUGAUAUCUGGGAACAAAAGCAGUACCAGAACGGUGUUGAUCUUGAAUUGGAGUAAAGGGGCAAAAGAGAAACGGCGUAAUCUAAGUCGCUGUUCUAGUUGUCCUUCCCCCGCCUGGCUGAGGGAGAAGCUGAGCCAGCGUCAAUUAGACUUUAUUUUCUCUACCUCCCCUCGAAACCCCUUUGACAGUAGGUAUCAUCUCAUCGAAAUCUUCAACACGUAUAGCCCAUAUAGAAAGUCGAGCACGCUAGCGCCGACACGGUAAGUACUCCCAGACACUCAGGUCAGCAAUCAACGGGAUAGUCCUUAAUCCCAGAAAGUGAAAAGCUUUGGCCGAUAAAAUAAAAUUUAAGUUUGUUGCAAAAAGCAAAAUUGGAUGCAUGUGCAAAAGUUAUCUCCGAAUCGGGGAAUCGAACCCCGGGCUCGACGGAUUUCGCAAGUGAAAACGUCAGAUGUUAACC